UGUUAGAAAUUAGGAGAUGGAGGUGUUUAUAAGAGAAGCAGGUAUGGUGUGGAAAGCAGAGAGCAAAGAAAUGGGAAAAGCAGUUACUCUGAGUGCUUCUGAUUUGCUUAUGAGGCUUUUGGCCUUCAUUCUCACUCUUGCUGCUGCCAUAGUUAUUGCAACAGAUAAACAGACUAAGGUUGUUCCCAUUCAGAUCUCAGAUUCCUUACCACCUUUUCAUCUUCCUCUUACUGCUAAGUGGGAUCAGAUGUCUGCUAUUCUGUAUUUUCUGGUGACCAAUGCAAUAGCAUGCACGUAUGGAGCUUUGACUCUAGUUGUUGCCGUAGUGAACAGAGGUAAAAGUAAAGGCUUGUGGACAGUGAUGACUGUUCUGGACGCAUUCAUGGUGGCUUUGCUAUUUUCCGGCAAUGGUGCCGCGGCGGCGGUGGGUGUCCUUGGCUACAAAGGAAACUCCCAUGUGAAUUGGAAAAAAGUGUGCAAUGUGUUUGAUAAAUUCUGUGGUCAAAUGGCUGUUUCAAUCGGUGUGUCGUUGAUCGGAUCGUUGGCAUUUCUCUUGCUUGUGGUUAUUCCUGUGGUGAGACUUCAUCGAAGAACUUUGUCAAUUAACAAUUAAACCAAGUCUUAUUUAUUAUCCUAGUUCAUGUUUAUCAGAAUAUAUUAAGUUAUUAUUGUAAUAUGUGUUUGAAUAAUAAUGUACGAGACACUAGUUUAUCGAACAAAUGUUUCAAUUGCUG